CGAGCCAAUAGAGGUAGGAUGCCUGGUGAUAACAUCAGGUUAACAACCCGGUUGGAGACUUGGCUUGGGGGCUACGACGUUCCUGUUCAUAUCUUCUUAUACAAGGCGACGGUGUCUUUCUUCACCAUUUCGGCUCUCUGCCAAGUCGUGUUUCCGACACUUGUUUGCUAGCGCUCCCCUCGCUGGAAGACAACAUGCAGGCAACGCGCAUGCUCGUUCUUUACUUCUACUUGCUAGCACAUACCGCAACCGCCCAGCAGACCCCGAUACCAAAUGAUCUCAAUACCGAAGUACCGAGUCCACAGCCAACCAUCUGCGGUGACAUUGUCGAGGCGGAUCUGUAUUAUGGACAAUCUUUAUUCUUUGCGUCUGAUGCCAUAGCGUGCCUCACAAGUGUUCCGUUCAAUGCCGCGGUCGCUACUCGCUUUAUAACGUACUACAAUCAGACACUACAGUUCUUGAGCAACCUAGCCUAUCUUAGGAACCCGCCCUCCGGGUAUCAACAACCAGCGGUAGAUGUGGUUGGCGGGCUCGAGCAGAUACGGAACCGGAUCGAUGCUGGGUACUACCACAACUCCUACGCGUUCGAAGCAGACGUCCAAGCACUGAGCCAGGCGACGCACGAUGUCCACACCACGCUUUAUGCGGGUGUUACCAAUCUUUUCACCUUUUCGAGCCCAUUCCAGAUUGCCUCUGUAUCCAGAGAUGGCAAAGAGCUUCCAGAGGUCUAUGUUUGGAACGAGCUAAUUACGUGCACAACGUACCGCAACUGCACACCUUCUCCGAUUACCACUAUCGAUGGCAUACCGGUAGUGGAGUACCUUACCUCCUUCGCGGCAGCGCAAUCAUUCGGCAUGAUCGAAAGCCAUGCGGACUAUAACAACCUCAUGAUAACGCCUGCGCAGGUUAUCACGGGCUAUGCCAAUGCCUUCGGCGGAGGGGCGACUUUCUACCCGGGCGACAACAUGACUCUCGAAUACGCCGAUGGUCGGCCGUCCGAUACUGUGUACUGGACAGCUGUGUUCAAUUCGCCGGGUUACACCGGUCCUCUACAAACUGGAGGCGAUCUUUACAACUUCGCUGUGCUAGGUCUUGUCCCAGCUAACUUCGAGGCAACCUCGAAUGCGUACUACUCAUGGCUUGCGAACAGUACGAAUACUGGAAACUCGGACUUUGAUGAUCAGUCCAACAGCACUAUCGGCGACGAUGAUGGCGGCAAUGGAGACGAUACUGGUGGCAACGUUGACGGCGAUGACGAAGACGACGGGUCCGACGACGAUGACGGCAACGGCGACGAUACCCAGUACCUUACGUCCUGGAACUCUAUUUCAUCCGCCUACCCGGCUAAUACCAUGAUGUACCAAUCUGAGCUCGGCUUGACGUCUUCGGGAAGCAUUACUGGAUACUUUUUGCGGAGCAUCUCGACCGCUGUUUUGAGCAUCCCUACGUUUGAGGCCUACGGCGACGUAUCGUCCUUCAGUCAAGCUGUGCAAGACUUUGUGGACAACGCUACGAACCUUGGCGCGGGCAAGGUAAUCGUCGACCUACAAGAGAACACGGGCGGUCAGGAAUCUCUUGCAUACGAGGUCUUUAGAUGGUUCUUUCCAGGGGUAACGCCAUGGACCGGGAGUCGCAUGCGAUCGCAUGACCUCGCCAACGUGCUCGGCAGUGCAAUGACGAGCUAUUUCCAAAGCUUGAAUACCUCAAGCGAUGACUACUCAGAGUAUGUGUCUAAAGAGUGGGUGGUAACUGACCGUAUCAACGCUUUAACCGGUCAAAAUUUCUCCUCGUGGCGCGAAUUCUUCGGGCCGGUUCACUUACACAACGAUACCUUCUCUCAGACCGAGCAGUAUAACUUAUCUAGCGCUGUGUUCAACAACAAUGCACUCAAUAUUGACUACCCGGAUUGCUAUUACAACAGCACUUGUGAACCGAAUGCGCUCUGGGACGGUAAGGAUAUCGUCCUACUCACUGACGGUGGUUGCCUCAGCACUUGUGCGCUCUUUGUUGAGAUGAUGGUGCAAAUGGGAGCCUCCACUGUCGCCAUUGGCGGGCUGCCAAAGAACGGCGCGAUGCAGGCCAGUGGCUCCAGAGGCGCGACUGCUUACUCAAGUGACCAGCUUGACUACGAUGUUUACACUGCAAGCAACAUCAACGGAACCGCAGCGGCUCAGCUGCCCCAGGACUGGGAUACCGGCAUGGUCAUCACCCACGCCGGCUUGACAUUGCGGGAUGCCAUACGAACCAAUUACAGCACGCCGCUAAACUUCCUCUACCUCCCAGCCGACUGCCGUCUGUACUGGAGUCUCACGAACUUCAACAACUACACGCGGUUGUGGCACGAUGUGUGGAACGGGGUUUACAACGAUACGUCGAUUUGUGUGCCGGGGUCAAUCAAUGCCACUGCGAUACAGCAAGCAAAGACUUCAGGACUGCGCCAAAGAUCUCUUUCCUACGGGAGCAAUAGUAUUGCUGAGUACGUCGAACAGGGCAUUGACCCAGUCGGCCUUGACUCGGACUCCCUUAUUUCUCUUUUCGGUCCUCAGGACGGUCCUGGCGGCUAUACGCCGAUCAAGUUCUGCGAGAACUCGAGUGGGGACAAAGAUCAAGGUCUUUGCUCGGUUGGCAUUUGUGUCAAGGUCAACUUCGCCUGCGGAACGCCAUCCUGUAGCCAACCUCGGUGCCCUCCGAAGAAAACGGACAACAACAGGUGGGUGUGCGCUCCCAGCUGUAAGCGCACGAGUCAGCAGGGUGGCAACUGCAACGGAGGAGAGCGGUGCGAGUCUACUUCUACAAGCGAUGGUAAACAGAACUCCUUAAACCCUGCAGGCUCAAAUAGUCUGAAGCAGCCAAGCUCAGACGUUCAAAUUACGAACGGUCGAUGUAUGCCGCGGACUGGAGAUUGGCGGCAGAUUUCAUGCCAAUGGCUCAAGAAGAAUCCGCAGAACUAUCAGCUCGUGGCACAAGGGUACACUGCUUAGCUUGAUGAAGCUUUGUAACGAAUAUAGCUCUAUCUCCUGCUAUGCCGCUCACCGUAAUAUCGCGCUGUUAUACAGACCCAACAUACCCAUGCGUACUUGCGCUUUGUAGAAAAGCGUACUGCAGCCAAUGCCCAUUACUGCGCUUUGUAGUAGCACACUGCUGCCACUUCAUCAUCCCUUAACCUUGAUUGUGACCGAGCUGUUGUCAGGCAUACUGGUUCCACUCAAGCGCGUGGCGUUCCAGCUGUCUUCUCGGGCCGGCCGUCCUUGCGACGCUUGGCCGAAGUCGUCACGUCUUC